CAAUCGGGACUACCGCGCGAGCGUCCCGUUACGUCAUUAAUAUUCAUGAGCCAGGCGUAUUGAUCCGCGUCCUGGCUCGAGCGCCACGUCGCACACCGGAGAUCCGCGUCGCUGAAGUCAUGGUGAAGAGUGUGAAUUCAGAAGUUCAGUCCAGAAGUGAAACACAUGAAGAAGAAGAAGAACACGCAGAAACCCACCCGUCCGCAGAUGGCGGGAAAGAGCACCCUGUGGCUCCGCCCACGAUGAUCUGGCGCGUGACCGGCGGUCUCUUCAGCGCCACGAAGGGCGUGGUCAGAGCCACGGUGGGCGGAGUCACCUGGCUGGGCGGGAAAAGUUUGGAGAUCACCAAAUCAGCAGUGACCGCGGUGCCCUCGGUGGGCGUCGGCCUGGUGAAGGGCGGGGUUUCAGCAGUGGCAGGGGGCGUGUCUACGGUGGAGUCAACAGUAGCCAAUAAAGUUCCGUUCACAGGAAAGAAGAAAGACAAAUCGGAGUGAAAAAGAGGAGGGUUCUAACGAGAACUUCCGGUUUGCUGUGCUGACGCGCAGUGAUGCUGACUUUCUCUUUCUGUUUUGAUUGGUCACCAGAAACGUUGACGGAUAUUUCUGACCAAUCAACGUCCAAGACAUUUGCGCAAAAGGGAGUUUUGUACGUCAUACUGUGGGUUUCUGAUAUAAACAAAUUUGAUCUCAAAGGAAAAUGUUUUUUUCUCGAAGAUCAUCUCAGAUCUGCGACCAAAGACACAUUUAUCAGUUUGUGCUUCUGUAGCUGUUAAACAAGGUCAUCUGGUUUCUUCUGAAACGUUAUCGGUCGAAUUGUGUUUGUAAAUUCGAUUUUUUUAUUAUUUGAAUAUAAUAAAGUCAUGUAAAAG